CCUAGGUACAUGCAUACCUAGUAGUACAUGCAUAGUACAUGCAUAGUACCUCUAGUGAGCUUCAUGAUCAUACGUUUACCUACAUUUAUAGACGUACGUACAAGUCUACAAGUGCAAAGGAAAUACCAUUAAUACGUCAAAACAAGCUCGAUGAGCCCUGGAAGUGAGUGCUAGGCUUUCCAGUCUAGUCUACCAAGAUGAAAGCCUUUACACCUCGUCUACCCUCCGUACCGAGUAGACAUAUUCUUCAACCGACACAUCACGUGAAAUCAUUGUCGAUAUCAGCAAGGACAACCAUAUCACCACUAUGCCUGGCCACCAGCAGCAACGAGAAAUCACAUCACACAAAAACUAGCAACCGGCAGUUCUCCGUCCUCAACCGCCCGCCACCAAACUACCCAGGCCAUGUCCCGCUCACCCGCCUCGAGCGCGCCGUCCUCGCCGUCGGCUCCGGCGUGACCUCCCUCCUGAACCCGUACCGGGCGGACAUGAUCGCCGCCCUCGGCGAAGCGACCGCAACACCGUAUUUCAUCGAGCGGCUCCGUCGCGCCAUGCUCUCCUCCCCCACCGGCCGACGGAUCCUGCGCGAGCGCCCGCGCAUCACCUCCGCCUCGCUGGACCUCCCCCGCCUGAGAACGCUGCCGAGCAACACGGUAGGCGGGACGUACGUGUCGUGGCUGGACCGGGAGGGCGUGAGCCCAGACACGCGGGACAGCGUGCGGUACAUCGACGACGAAGAAUGCGCGUACGUGAUGCAGCGGUACCGGGAGUCGCACGACUUCUACCACGCGCUGACCGGGCUGCCCAUCGUGCGGGAGGGCGAGGUCGCGCUCAAGGCGUUCGAGUUCGCCAACACCCUGCUGCCGAUGACGGGGCUCUCGCUGUUGGCGGUCGCGACGCUGAAGCCCGCCGAGAGGGGCAGGUUCUUCAGCAUCUACGGCCCCUGGGCGCUGCGCAAUGGGUUAAGGAGCGACGAGGUCAUCAAUGUCUACUGGGAGGAGGAGAUGGAGACGGAUGUGGAUGCGCUGAGGGGGAGGCUGGGCAUUGAGAGACCGCCGGAUUUGAGGGAGAUGCGGAAGAGGGAGAAGGCCGAGAGGAAGAGGGCGAAGGAGGCUGCUGUUGCGCAGGCUGUCGCUAGUUGAGUAAGGCACCACCUAACCUAGGUAGGUACCUGGUAGAUGCUACAUGUGUAUAGGAGAAGAAGCAAUUUGUGUCAUUAGUA